AUGACCUUCCUGUCCCACCUGAGAGCCUGCUUUCCCUCUGUCAUACGGAGCUUCAUUCUACAAAGGAAUUCAGCCAUCAGAAACAUGUCCGGUAUGGCUACAGGCCCGCAGCCAGCCAGCGUGGUGGUCCUGCACAGGUCCCUGGCCCCAGCAUUUGAGAGUUUCUGCCAGGCCAACAGUAGUGUCCUGCCCCUACUGAGUCGAAAGGAGCCUGGCAAGUGGGCAUGGUCUGCCCUGGGAAUGGUCUCAGACACCAGGUCGGGCUGUCCUCAGUUCUGGAAAUACGAGUCUGGCAUCUGCACAGGCAGCCUGGCCUCGUUGGAGGAGUACUUGGAGCAGCUGAAGGACAUGGUGGCCUUCAUCCUGGGCUGCAGCUUCUCCCCAGAGGAGGCCUGCAAGGAGGUGGGGCUGCCCAGCAGAGACGCAGCGGGUCAGAGGAACGCUGGUGCAUACAAGACAACAGUGCCUUGCUCCACCAUUGCUGGGUUUGGCUGCCCUCUGGUGGUCACAAUGAGGCCCAUCCCCAAGGACAAGCUGGAUAGGUUGGUUCAGGCCAGUUGCUCCACAGGCGGCGAAUAUGGACAACCCAUUCACAUAGGUGACCCAGGCCUGCUGGGAAUCAAAGAUCUCUCCCAACCUGACUACGGAGACCCUAUUGUGUGUCAUCCAGGGGACAUCCCAGUGUUCUGGCCUUCUCAGCUGACCAGUUUUGAAGCUGUCAGUGGCUGCCGAGCCCCACUGGCUUUCACCAGUGCCCUGGAUCACGUGAUUCUGACUGACCUGAGGGAGAUAAAGAAGCCAGCCACGGGUCUCACCAGUAAGGGCAUCCCGGAGGUCCAUCGCAUUUCCCAGGAUCCUUUGCACUACAGCAUCAUAUCGGCUUCAGCUGUGCAGAAGAUUAGAGAACUGGAGGCUAUAAUUGCUGUGGACCCAGGUAACCGAGGCAUCGGUCACCUGCUCUGCAAAGACGAGCUGCUGCGGGCCUCUCUGUCGCUGUCGCAUGCCCACUCAGUGCUCAUCACCACGGGCUUCCCCACACAUUUCACCCACGAGCCUCCGGAGGAGACAGAUGGCCCGCCGGGAGCUGUUGCUCUGGCUGCCUUCUUGCAGGCCUUGGAAAAGGAGGUGUCCAUGGUUGUUGACCAGAGAGCUCUAAGCUUGCACCAGAAGAUUGUGGAUGAGGCCGUUGAGCAAGGUGUUCUGAAGGCCCCGAUCCCGUUAUUAACAUAUCGGGGUGGAUCAGCAGAAGCCGCUCAGGAUUUCCUGCACAAAGAUGGGGACCCCAAGUCACCUAGGUUUGACCAUCUGGUAGCCAUAGAGCGCGCAGGCAGGGCCGCAGAUGGCAACUAUUACAACGCCAGGAAGGUGAACAUCAAGCACUUGGUUGACCCCAUUGACGACCUUUUCCUCACAGCACAGAAGAUUCCCGGAAUCUCAUCAACCGGGAUUGGUGAUGGAGGCAACGAGCUUGGGAUGGGCAAAGUCAAGGAGGCCGUGAAGAGGCACAUACGAAAUGGGACUGUCAUCGCCUGUGAUGUGGAGGCCGACUUUGCUGUCAUUGCUGGUGUUUCCAAUUGGGGAGGCUAUGCCUUAGCCUGUGCACUCUAUAUCCUAAACUCAUGUGAGGUCCACGAACGCUACCUGAGGAAGAGAACUGGUCCUCCCAGAGCACUUGGGGAGCAGAACUGGAUUCAGGCUCUCCCAUCCAUCACCAAGGAAGAAAAAAUGCUACGCAUCCUGGUAAAACACCAAGUCCGCAGUGGCGUCUCGGGUGUCGUGGGCAUGGAGGUGGACGGGCUGCCCUUCCACACCACUCACACAGAGAUGAUCCAGAAGCUGCUAAACGUCACUGGGGUGCACCCGUGA